AUCAUGGCCAGUGAGCCCGUCAUCCUUAACGUGUAUGACAUGUACUGGAUAAACGAAUAUACCUCCACUUUGGGCAUCGGGGUCUUCCACUCAGGCAUUGAGAUCUAUGGCAGAGAAUUUGCAUACGGGGGGCAUCCCUACCCCUUCAGCGGCAUCUUUGAAAUAAACCCCGGGAGUGCGGCCGAACUAGGAGAGACCUUCAAAUUCAAGGAGGCCAUAGCUUUGGGCACGACGGACUUUACGGAGGAGGACAUAGACAAGAUCAUGGAGGAAUUAGGCAGAGAGUUCAAGGGGAACGCCUACCAUCUAAUGCACAAAAACUGCAACCAUUUCUCCUCCUCGCUGUCUGAGCUGCUGUGCGGACGCGAAAUCCCUCGCUGGGUCAACCGGCUGGCGUACUUCAGUUCCUGCAUUCCUUUCCUGCAGAGCUGCCUCCCCAAGGAGUGGCUGACCCCCGCCGCCCUCCAGAGCCACAUCAGUCUCGGGCUCCACAAAGACGAGCCACACGAAUCCGGCAGCGACGAGGAGCCCUCCUCUCCGUCGGGGGCCGCCGCCGCCGCGGGCCACUGCUCCUCGCACAGCUGUCGCCACACGCGGGUCUGAGCUCGAGCCCCCGGACG